AUGGCUAAAACUAGAUCAAAGGGACCAGUUUCACCUGUUGCUAACAAAGUCAAAUCACCGGGUAAAGUAACUAAACCAAAAAAAUCAGCAUCUACAGUUAAAAAAGCAUCACCAAAAACUGUAGAUCAACCAGAAGAACCAGAACAAACCGCUAUAUCAAAUGAAUCAUCAACUUCAAUAAUACCUACAAAAGUCACUGACAAAGCCAUAAACGAAUUGGAAAAAUAUAUCGUACGAGAAAAACAACAAAAAGAAGAAUCAAUCGCUCAAAAUCCAAAUUCAAAACUGCAAUUAUUUGACGAAGAUGAAAUAAAUGAAAAUAAUACAUUAUACCUCAUGAUUGAGUCCAAGAAAUUUUUUUCAUCUAAACCACAAUUCAAAGCUAAAACUAUAAAAUUAUCAAAAUCAUUAUAUAACAUCAAUAAUUUAAAAACAUGUUUAUUUUUACGUGAUCAAUUAGUUAAAACAUCAGAAGAAAUUGAAAAAAUUGAAAAUGAAAAUUUACCAACUAUAAAACAAAUCUUACCUUUAAAAUCAUUAAAAACUGAAUAUAAAACAUUUGAAAAGAGAAGAGAAUUAAGAAAUGAUUACGAUUUAUUUUUAGUUGAUGAUGCAAUUUUAAAUACUUUACCAAAUGUAUUGGGAAAAGUAUUUUUUGAAUCAAAUAAUAAAGUACCAUUGCCUAUUAGAGUUACUACUUCUUCAAAUAAUUCAGAAUUAUCUUUAGUCACUUUGAAAAAUCAAUUAGAUAAAAAUUUAAAUAGUACUUUUUAUUUACCUCCACAAGGUACUGUUAUUUCAGUUAAAGUUGGUCAUCUCGCCAAUGACAACGAAGAUUCAGAAGAAGUUCAAUUUACAAAUGAAGAAUUAAUCAGCAAUAUAACCAACGUUAUUCAGAAUUUCGAUAUAAAUACUAUAAAAACAAUAAUGAUAAAAACUGGUACAUCACCAGCAAUACCGUUGUUCUAUACAGAUAAAUUAUUCAACGAUGAGGAUAUUUUAGAUGAUAUUGUAGAUGGUCAAGACGAAAUUGCUAAAGAUGAAUUAACUCCAUUUGAAAAAGGAUUAUUACAAUUAGGUGACUUGGAAACUGUUUCUAAAGUAUUAGGUAAAAAAUUAGGUGAAAAAAAGAAGAAGAAAGAAAUUAAUGGUAAAAAUGGUAAAAAAGUUAAAGGUAAAGUAAGUAAGAAAUGA